UUGGCUGUUGAAGGCUUGGUCCCAUCCCAGUGACCCCGAAGUGCUGGAGGGAGGGGGUGGGGUGGCCCAGUGCAAAGUGCAUCCCGAAAGCCCCCUGCCCAGAGCCCCCGCGACUGGCACUUCGGACCCUGUAUGACCCGGGACUUCGCUGCCCCGAGACUGCCUGCGUCCCCCCGUAGCUGCGAGUCUCCGGCCGGGAGAGCGACAGUCCCCUGCUCCGAGCCCCCAGACCGGGACUCCCUCCCCCUCUCCCCCGAGCCGGGACUUCCUCCCUGCACCCCUGCCCCGAGCUUGCCCGGCGGCCGGGACCGCCCGCUCCCGCCUGCUCGGCUGUCUGGAUGCUCUCCGGGCUGGGGCCGUGAGGCGCUCUAGGAGGAGCAGGGCUACCCGUGUCCGGCCCUGCCUGGGGUGUUUCUUCAAUGGAGAAGUUGGUGAGUGUGGAGGAGGCUGAAAGGAGGAAGAGGAGCAGCAACUGAGGAGACAGGUUUAAGCUGGCUGGAGGAGACGAGAUUGCUGGAAGAGCUCUGCCUAUUCACCGGAGAAGCAGCAGGCAGGGUGCCUCUGACCAGCAUCCUCUGUAAAGGUUAAGAAAGCUUGUUUACUCUGCAGCCUAGACACACACUGAACCCCCUUCCUCAUGAUGCUGUAUGUGCACCAUGGUUAUUAGACAAUCCAUACAUCAAGAGAAGGGACACUCUUCCGAAAGGCUGAUCCCUGUGACCUAAUGAAUCCUUUGUAAAAAGCGGACUCAGCUAGGAUGUUACACCACCAUUGCCGAAGGAACCCUGAACUCCAGGAAGAAUUGCAGAUUCAGGCUGCAGUGGCUGCUGGGGAUGUUCACACAGUACGGAAGAUGCUAGAGCAAGGGUAUUCUCCAAAUGGCCGAGAUGCUAAUGGCUGGACCCUGCUUCAUUUCUCUGCAGCAAGAGGAAAGGAGAGAUGUGUUCGAGUGUUUCUAGAACACGGAGCUGAUCCCACGGUUAAGGACUUAAUCGGAGGCUUCACUGCUCUUCAUUAUGCAGCCAUGCACGGCCGGGCCCGGAUUGCACGUUUGAUGUUGGAGUCCGACUACCGGAGUGACAUCAUCAAUGCAAAAAGCAACGACGGCUGGACUCCCCUCCAUGUGGCGGCCCACUACGGUAGGGACUCAUUUGUCCGACUCCUGCUCGAGUUCAAGGCUGAGGUCGACCCGCUCAGUGAUAAAGGUACCACGCCACUGCAGCUAGCCAUUAUCCGAGAGCGCUCAAGCUGUGUGAAGAUCCUUCUGGACCACAACGCCAACAUCGACAUUCAGAACGGUUUCCUGUUGCGAUAUGCUGUGAUCAAAAGCAAUCACUCUUACUGCCGAAUGUUCCUUCAGAGAGGAGCAGACACAAACUUGGGUCGCUUAGAAGACGGACAGACUCCUUUACACUUGUCUGCCCUUAGGGAUGAUGUGCUUUGCGCACGGAUGUUAUAUAAUUAUGGAGCGGACAUGAACACGAGGAACUAUGAAGGACAGACCCCACUGGCUGUUUCAAUAAGUAUUUCUGGAAGUAGUCGACCAUGUUUGGAUUUCUUACAAGAAGUAACAAGGCAGCCCAGAAACUUGCAGGACCUGUGCCGAAUUAAAAUUCGACAAUGUAUAGGCCUUCAAAACUUAAAACUACUUGAUGAACUACCAAUUGCCAAGGUCAUGAAAGACUACUUAAAACACAAAUUUGAUGAUAUCUGAUAUCCACAGAACUGUGAGCAAGAUUAGAAGUUAUAUUCCAGAAACUUAAAAGGCUUUUUGCCUUGCACAAAGUAUAUCCUAUGCAAUUUCUGAUUUGCUGUGAAGUCAGAAAGCAGGUAUACACUUUUAGGUUUUAUUUUGUUUGUUGGUUGGUUUUCAUUGUAGGGGAGGGAUUUUUAUAUAUAUAAACACACACACACACACACACACACACACACACACACACACACACCCCCCACAUGCUUGAAGGUCUUAAUUUGGUUUCUUGGUCCAAGUUUAAGAGGUCCAAGCUUUCUAUAUGAUACCGCAUUUAGAAAAAUUGUUUUUCUAAAAUGAAGCAGGCAGGUUUGGCAUGGAGAAUUUACCCUUUUCAAAUUGUUUAUGGUUUCACUGGCAUGCGCUAUUAUAAGCCAGCAGAGCACUUGUUAAAGUAAGGUUUGGAGGCACAGUGUCACCCAGGGUGUCCUGGGUUGUGCUGGAAAAUGUCCUAAGAAAUUCUAAAAGUAAUGCCUGUCACCUCAUUCAUUUUUAAUGAGUAAAAAUUGGCUGAUUCAUACUGUUCUUUUCCUAAUUAAUGUAGCUUUCGGAUGAUUUAAAUCCCGUACCUCUGCUUCCCUGUUGGCGUGCUCUUGUUUUUAACUUAUUUUUUUAACAGCCGUGAUACACUACCCAGAGACCCUGUGUCUCAACCUCUGUCCCUCAUUGAAUUGUGCUUUUAAAUAACAUUGAUGGGAAAGAAAAUAACUCUGUGAAGCCAGUGUGUUCUGUUUUUAAAACAGUGCCUCCAGUGCAAUGUGCUUUCUGGUGUAUUUCAUCCAUUGUUUCCCUCAAUGUUCAUCAUUCCACAGCCAACUUGAGCAUGCCCAUGAGAACAGGAACCGCCACUUUAAUUUUCAUUGCAGAACCAUGGUAUGUCAGUUGCAAUUUCCAUUUUCAUCAUUGUUUUUUACUUCACUUUGAACAGAAAAUUGUAUAUCCUAGUGGUAAAGUAUUCCUUAAAAAUAGCCCACAAUAUUGUUCAACCAUUUGGCUUUGAUGGUUAAACAAUUUGGGGUGAUUUCAUGGUGUUUUUUUUCUUCCCUGUUUAAAAGAAAAAAAUUCUAAUGGGUGCACAUUUGUAAGCCUGGUUAGAUCCUAAUAUUGCUAAUUCAACAUUUACUGUUUAUUUUAAGGUUGUAUGCAGCAAAGACCUUCAAGAGAGUUAUUUUAUUUUCUGGGUUCAUUGGGUAUGUUUGCAGUGUAGGCACAAAUUGAUAGUGUCUGUAACAACGGAAGAGUUUCCAGAGGCAUCGGGAUAUAAUACCCUUGGAAGUAUUUUCCUGUGCUUGAUUUGGCAUUAUAUUAAUUUCGGAAGAACCUUUUCAAAUGCCCAGUAUUGUUCUUAGUGUUUGGGGAGAUGUCAGAAUAUUUACACGCUAGUAAUAAAUUUGUCAUCAGACAUUUACAAGCUAAGCCGAAGGCCUUCUCUUUACUUCUCUGAAUUCUAGUUUAAGUCAUCGGUAGGAAAUUCUUUUAACUGAGAAGCAUAACUGAGAUCAGAAUUACGAGUCUCUUCUGGACUCAUGUUUCUCCAGAGCCAUCAGCAAGGUGGCUUUAGCGUUGGAGUAUCUCAUCUGCUUGUGCCUAGGCAGGAUUUCUGAAGAAUGGGCAGUUUUGGAGAAAAGGAGUCCAGGAGAUGGCUGGCAUGGUACAUAGACUGUCUCACAGGCAGCCAUCAGUGUCUGGCCAGUUUUGUAAUCAUCUCGAAACUAUAACUUGAGCCUAAUGAGAUGGGUGUUCUGUCCUUUUCCCACUAAAAAGUAUCUUCAAAAAAUUACCACCCAAGAGAGUCCCUUGUGAAGAUAAGAGCUGAACUAUGUUCUCAUUCUUUCAACCAAUUCCCAGGCCAGGGCUAAGACCCAUGAGCAGUGUCAGGGCCAUGGCAUGGCUGAGAAUGAAUUGAGUGUUUCUUCCUAAAACCCGGGAUCCAAGGAGGUGAGGAGACAGGAGGGUGCCGGGGGGUGAGGUGGGGACACCUGCAUUCUGAACAGCAAUGUUGGUGUUUCAUUAGCACAGGGCUCAUUCCCCUCAGAGGUGUGUAUUAAUUUAUUCAGUUGGUUUAAAAUGAUUUUCUUUCCCCAACCAUUCAAAAGUUUCCAAACUAAGUUAGCCACUGAGUGUGAGCCAGGAAUUCCAAGUGAAAAGGUCAGAUUAAGGUAAAUUCUUUGUUCGGUAUCGCUGCUGUGACUUCAGAAAAAAAUUAUGAGAGCUCUUCUGGAAUUGAAAUUUCUAUUUAAUGAAGAAGUGUAUAAUUCCAUUAUUUUUUGUUUGAGGUUUGAUUUAUCUGGAAACUUAAAAAGAAUGCUUUAUUUUUGUUGUUAAUACAAUCCCAGUCACAUAUCGUAUUUCACUAUAUCUAAAAUGUCUUUAAGUUGGUAAUUGGUGGAUUACAGUGCUGAUCGAACAGGUCUGUAUUUGAAUUUGAUUGACAGAGAAGCAUUCUAUGGUCACAUAAUGACUAGAAAGGACAAGCAUUUUCAGAAAAUCAACUGAUUGGGUUUUCCAGAAUCUUGACUAAAAUGUUCAGAACAUCAAAUUUGUCACUGAUCCUUCUUUGUUUCUUUUGAAAUUUAUUAUUUAAGCCUAUUACUAAACCUUUAUAAAAGUAUAUUUGGCAAGUACACCAAAGAAACCAGCUCAUAAAAGAUUAUGAUCAUUAAUGAACUGCAAACCUCAUCUUUUGAAAACAGAAUUGUUGCUUUGUAAAUAUUUGUGUUUAUAAAUGUACAGCAGAGUAAGAGUGUUUUUUAGAUUAUUUAAUUCCCAUAUUUCUAAACUAUUUACUACAGAAUAAUCCAUGCUUGUUAGUUUGGAAGACUCAACUGUUUUGUUUUUUAAUUCAUUAUUGGUCAUGCUUGGAACAGCAUUUCCCCUAGAGAAUUCAGUGUUCUGGCAGUAGCAAGAGUACACAGCUGCAGCACAAGGGAGACUAGCGUGAUUUGUCAGAUGCACACCCUACGAGACAAGAAUGUGUAGUUUAAUUAACCAGAGCGGACCAGAUGAAAAUUGAGGUUCUAACUUUCCUGCAAAAUUGCUCAUUAGCCCAGAAUGUGAUUGCAAUGAGGACGUUUGCCCACAAAUUUAGCUUUCAUGUAACUCCUAGUGUGUUAUUAUCAUAACAUAUUUUGUUCUUCCUUUGUAAUGUAUGUUUUGCUUUGGGUCAAUUUGAAUUAAAAAAAAAAUUUAAUCUGGU